GUGCUUCGGGUUGUAGCUCGCCAAUGACGAAGGCCGCUUGGGCGAUGGAGAUUACGCAUGGCCAAUGGUUAACGACGGCCGCCUGUUCCCUGGGGUUGGCAUUGUUGGUGUAAGAAAAGAGCUGGUGGAUGGCAGAUGGGGUUGUUCGUAUACUGGUGAGAAGGUCUGGGAGUUUGACUCUCCGUGUCAGUGAUUCCGAAAGAAACUCGUGGCUAUUUUGGUUUGGCUUUAGAAACUCUUGGUACAUAUUUACUUCAAGGAAGUGAGCUUUAGGCAUUACAGGGCUUCGAGCAAGCAAAGUGAUGUCACAACAACGGGUGAGAAGGAAUGGUUCUCCGACCUCGAGUAGCACUUCAAGCGGUGGAGGAGGAGCACCUGGUAGCCGUUUAUUGCCCAUGAGGGCUACUGUGCCCUUUCAACUAAAACAACAUCAACAUAGUAGUCCCACGCGUAAUGGCAGUGGUGGGGUGCGCACAGCUUCGCUCAGCACAAGUCCCACGCGUGGGUCAGCAGCCACAGUACUAUCUGUUUCUGCGGCACGCGGCAGCCCAAAUGUGGGCACCCAGACUGUGACGUCAUCAUCUCGCAGCCCGACUCGCGUUGGCACCAGCGCCUCGCGUGGAAGCCCCACGCAACAGAAUGGCUCCCGUGGAAGCCCUACUCGCCCCCCACAGCAAACAGUGUCCUCUGUGGCUACAAGCCCCCCUUCUCCUUGCUCGUCUCCCACUUUACUUUGGACAACAGAUGUGUCUUUUGCAUCUUCUGCAGCUACACCGGGAAGGAUCAGGCAUCCCCGGAGGUCCCCGGAGCACAGGAGUUCACCAGAAAGAAAAAGUCCAAGCUCACCUGUUUGCAAAGUAGACAAGCUCCGUCCACCUUCAGCUAGUCCGUCAAGUAUUAUUCGUCGCACUUCGUCUAUGGAUGCACUUGCCACUCCUUACCUGUCUGGACACUGGCCGCGGGACGGCCAUGGACAGCAGAGUGCACCUUGCAUGAGAGACAAAGCUACACAGACUGAAGCUGCUUGGGCCGAAGAGUAUUCAGAAAAGAAAGGAAACCAUAAACGUUCUGCAUCCUGGGGUAGCACAGACCAACUUAAAGAGAUUGCCAAGUUGCGACAGCAGCUGCAGCGCAGCAAGCACAGCAGCAGGCAUCACCGAGACAAAGACCGCCAGUCUCCUUUCCAUGGCAACCAUGCAGCUAUUAACCAAUCACAGGCUCCAAUCCCAAAGAGCGUCUUGAUCCCUGUGGCGAUACCCAUGUCAAAGUCGUCUAGUUCAAGGUUCAGAAACAGUGUGGAGGGACUCAAUCAGGAGAUUGAGAUUAUAAUUAAAGAAACUGGUGAAAAGGAAGAACAAAUCAUUCCACAGGAGGUUCCUGAUGGACGCCGAGCACCUCCUCCUUUGCCACAGAGAAGCAGUAGUACGCGUAGUAUAGACACACAGACCCCAUCCGGAGUGGACAGAGGCAGCAACAGCAGCAGUCGUUCGCAAUCUGUGUCCCCAGCCUCAUUCAUCACAGUUUCUAAUGAUGGCAGUGAGGAAAGCCCAUGCUCAGCAGAUGACAUCCUGACAGAUGCACGAGACAAAGAAAAUGGAAAUGGUUCACCACUGCCGAAGUAUGCAUCAUCACCAAAGCCAAAUAACAGUUACAUGUUUAAACGGGAACCUCCUGAAGGCUGUGAGAAAGUGAAAGUGUUUGAAGAAUCUUCGCCAAAGCAGCUACAUGAGAUCCCGUCUUUCCUCUGUCCAGAUAAAAACAAAGUGAACUUCAUUCCAAAAAGUGGCUCUGCCUUUUGUCUUGUCAGCAUUCUCAAACCACUCCUGCCAACACAGGAUCUGACUUUUAAAGGUUCCAGUCACAAUCUGACCAUUUCCUCUGCACCAACGGUUAUACAGCCUAUCACAGUUGCUUCUCUGUCGGCUAGCAUGGAGCAGGACCGGGUCUCAAGGGGAACCAGCACAGAUCACCAGCCUGUCCUGCUCAACCCACCAACACACUAUGAAGAAGCAGAGAGCUAAGCUGGAAGGUCCUGCACUUUCAAAAAGAAAAAAAGAAAAAAAAAAGUUUUACACUGCAUAUUGUAGGGACAGUAUUCCUGCGUGUGAUUCUGUGGUCUUUAUAAGCUACUCGGACUUUUUCGUGCUUCUCUCCCCAUGCAGGUGUCGCUGCACCAAUAGCACACAGCUUGGCAAAAUGGAACAUUCAGGGAGUAAACAGCGGCUCAGGUGUUCUGUUGGAUUAUGGGUAUUUAUACCAGCCCACACUUUAUUUUUUCUAAAUAUGGGGGGGAAGGAGUUGGGCUACUAAUCAAGACUUAAAACACCAGCAUUAUGGUGUCUUGUAAUAUAUGUUUGAGAAAAAAAAUCUUUCUUUUCUGCCGCCAACCAGAGGAAGAAGUAAUAAGUGCAUGCAGACUGCUGGUUAUACAGGAAAUUACAUCACAGUCUACAUCUCUUCAGGAAAAGCUUGCUGUUAGCAAGCUGUUCUAUCAGUGUUUUUCAUUAAUUUCUACGGAACGUUUUGUGUCUUUGUUGUUUUAGGAUUUUGAGCUCCUCACUGUUCACUUCACAAGAAUCGGAUUUCAAGUUUGCAUAGUUAGCACCUCAUAUGAGCUGUUUAAACUUUAGCUGUAGGGAAGCUGAUAUUAAAUCCUUGGAUUGCUGGCACACCCUGUUUACUCUAGCUGUUCACAGCAUGAAACUGUAGUUAAAAUUUAUAUAUGAAUAUAUAUUUAUACUUUUCUUUUUAAAAAGCAGUUCCUAAGUCAUGUUGCGCACUGGAGUUCAGAAAUUUUAAUUUUUUGUCUCAGUUAAGAACUUCCAGUGAUAUUAAGUAAUUUACAGUAGUUGGCAAGAAUGCAGUCAUUAAGACACUGGUUGUCUGGCUGUAACUUGCUAAUUUUGUUACGUUAAAAAAAAAAGAAAAAAAAAAAAAAGAAAGAGACCAAUUAAAACAUGUAGCUGGAGUAUUUUUUCAGCCAUUUUUGAGUUUUAGAUAAAGACCAAGUUCAAGCCAAAGGCACAUGGAAAUAAAUGGUACAGCAAUUAAAUCACAUUUAGGAAAAUGUUGUAGUCCAGAUUUCAGAACAAAAUCUUUGGCUGCUGUUUUCUGUUUUUUGUUAUGGUUAUUAAUGUAAUUCAGUUGUUACCAGCACUUAGCACAAAACUCGAGCUGGAUUGCAAAAAUGCAAAAUAAUGCCAGGAUGGUUUCAUUAACAAAAUGUAUUAAGCACAGGUUUCAGCGUGAUGCAGUAUUCAGUUUGCUGCAUACAACUCACACCAAUGUCUCAUUAUGCAGAAUGGAAGUUUGCUGCUAUUGUUCAAAAUAUUCUCUUACCACCUGGUAAAAAGCAAGUAUUCAUUUCUGCCUCAGUAUUAUACAGCCUGCCUUAGGCAGGCCAUGGUAGGUAAAUAGCUCAGCCUAAAAUCCAUGAUUAAAAAUACAGAUGUCACAAUAUCAGAUUUAAAGCAUCAUUAUAUGUUGUUAUUUUUUAUCAUUAUGGCAUUGUUUCAAUAUGUUGAUGUGUUUCUAGUUUUAGAAAUAACUUGUACAAGCUGUGAAGAGAUCAAAGGAUUUGGUCACACUUAGAGUGGGCUGCAGAGAAGAAAUGUGAUAGAUUUUCAGUUAUUGUGACAUUCAUCUGCUCGUGUGAUGGCAUGGUUACUCCUUUGUAGUCUAGCUGUGAACAGCAGCCCAAAGUUGUCAGCCAUAUGCAAAGGUUUACACUGCCAACUGCAAUAGGAAGGGGACCAUAUUAGCAUCAAGUAUUCAUUGUGAAGCAGUAAUUUGAGCAGUUCUAUUUCGUCUAGGUUUUGCUGAAGGAACCGGUAUUUUUUUAAUGGCCAGGUGGCUUGCAUGACUUUGUGUUUUUUUUUUAUUGUUGCUGUUGAAGAAUUGGCUUUAAAUGGCGUACAUGAACUUACCUGUACAUUGCUGUAAGCCAUGUUACAGACUAUAAAAAAAUUCAGGUUUCUCAGUUCUUAA